AUGGAAGUUUUGUGCAUCUGUGGACAAUGGAUCUCAAAAGAAUCUCUCCAGUGGGAGUUUCUUGUUGAUUUGAAGAGGAAUGCAUCAAUCAUUUCCAUAGAAGAAGAUCUACUGAUAUGCUUCAUAACCAAGUAUUAUGCCUUACAGAACUACUUGACUUAUGCAGGUGUUUCUACAGUUCCUCUGAAUGCUCUUCCGGAUUUUAGUACUGAUUCAGCUAGCUGUAACAUUCAAGCUUCUGAUACAUUUGCUUCUACUGUUCCAUUGAAUGCCAAUCCAGUGAUUCUUCCUACUGUGCAGAGUGAAAAACAGAGUUUUCUAUAUGAAGGUGUUUCUACAGUUCCUCUGAAUGCUCUUCCGGAUUUUAGCCCUGUCCAUAUUGGACUUUCACCAAACACGAGAGUAGCUGGCGAUAUUAAGGUGAAUAGCUAUUUUAAGACAAAGAGAGAGUUGAUGUUGAGGAUGAAGAAAUGGGCUUUAGAGUGGAAGUUUGAGUACAAGACUGUCUCUUCUAACAAGUCAAGAGUGCUUUUGAGUUGUGUUGAUGAAAAUUGCACGUGGAGGAUGCGUGCUAUCAAGCUACCUGUUUCAGAUUUUUUCGUUGUUAAAAAGUAUGUUCAUGAGCAUACAUGCGAUACAACACACAGGAAAGCCAACCACAGACAAGCAUCUGCAAAGUUGUUGGGUUCUUUGAUUUCCAGCAAUUAUGGAGAAAAAAAGGAAGGUCUCAAACCGAAACAGAUCAUUGAACAGGUCAGGAUGCUGCAUGGUGUUCACAUCAAUUACAAACAAGCUUGGAGAGUGAGAGAAGAAGCUCAGAUUUUGGUUAGAGGGACUCCUGAAGACAGCUAUUACAAUUUGUCUAGGUGGUUGUAUAAAAUCACAGAAACAAACCCUGGUUCCUUGACUUAUCAACAUGUUGAUGCUGCAGGAAAGUUCAAGUAUGCAUUUGUGGCUUUUGGUCCAUCGAUAAGGGGAUUUUCAUUGAUGAGGAGAGUUAUUGCAGUAGAUGUGGUUGACGCAGAAAACGGCGCCUCUUGGAAAUGGUUCUUUAGAGGUUUGAGCCAGAAGAUCCCGGACGCUUCGGAUCUUGUUUUUGUAUCAGACAGGGCUAACUCCAUUUCUUCAGCGUUGGAGGAUGUAUAUCCCUUAUCUCACCAUGGAAUUUGCAGGAUCCAUCUGCUCCGCAACAUCACUCCUACAUAUGCGAAGACUGGGUUGCUACCUCUGGUGGAAAGCGCUGCUGAUGCCUAUACGUGUCACGAGUUCUGGUUAAUCUUCAAGGACAUAAAGGAUAAAUGUCCUGAAUUGGCUAAGUAUCUGGAAGAGUCUGAUUUUAGGAAGUGGGCACGAAGCUAUGCGCCUGCGAACAGGUAUAAUAUCAUGACUACCAACAUUGCAGAGUCUCUCAAUUCUAUGUUGAAGAUGCCUCGUGAGUUGCCCAUUAUCUCUCUCCUUGAAACUAUCAGAUUGACGAUGACCACUUGGUUUUUUGAGCGACGCGAAGCGGCUGCGAAACAUAAGCACCUGGUUACUCCAAAAGUUGUUCAGAAAUUGGUAUCUAGGUUAGGGGCCGCAAUGUUGUUGAAUGUGUAUCAAGUUGAUCGAAGCGAGUUUGAGGUGAAGAAUGAAACAAUGAAGUUUGUUGUUGACUUGGAGAAGCGGCAUUGCACAUGUAAUGUUUUCGACAUUGACAAGAUCCCCUGCAUCCAUGCCAUCGCUGCUGCUAAGCAUAUCAAGAGAGAUGAAAACCGUUUUGUUGAUGCUUCUCACUUGACAGAAACGUGGGCUAAAGCUUAUGCUGAAAGCAUACAUCCUGGUGGAGAGUUGUCAACGUCCACCUAUCCAGAGAAUAUUGAUGAACUGUCUUGCCCACCUCCAGCUACCAAAAAGAAAAGUGGACGCCCUCCUACAAAGAGAAAGAGAUCCGUUGGCGAGUUUGGGGUUCCUGGAUCUAAAUCUCAGUCCCACAAGUGCAGCAGAUGUGGCACAGGAGGGCACAACAAGAUCACAUGCCAGAGGCCUAUAGGAUGA